AUGGGGGAGGCGGCGGGCGCGGUGGGAGCCGCGGGCGCGGCGGCGGCGGCGGGCGGCCCGGUGAGCGCCGUGACGGUGCUGGCGCUGCUGGAGAAGCUGGUGUCGAUGCUGGAAGCGGUGGAGGGGCAGCAGCGGCAGAUGGAGCAGCGGCAGCGGGGGCUGGAGGGGGCGGUGCGCGGCAUCCAGGGCGACCUGGGCAAGCUGUGUCGCAGCCACGGCGCCACGGGGGCGGCGGUGGAGAAGCUGCUGGAGAAGUCGCGCAAGGUGUGCGCGCACACGCGCGCCGUGCGCGACCGCCUGGAGCGGCAGUGCGCGCAGGUGCGCCGCCUGGAGCAGCACCACGCGCAGCUGCUGCGCCGCGACCGCUUCAAGGUGCUCAUCUUCCAGGAAGAAAACGAGAUCCCUGCCAGUGUUUUUGCAAAGGAGCCUAUUCCCAGUGUUACAGAAGGGAAAGAAGAGCCUGUGGAUGAGAACAAAACACUGGAAGAAACCUUGCAUACAGUGGAGCUGUCUUCAGAUGAUGAAAUGCCUCAUGAGGAAGGUGAUGUGGAUGACAGCGCAGAGGAGAAAAUAGAAGAAUCAAGAGCUGAGAAAAUCAAAAGGUCCAGCCUCAAGAAGGUAGACAGCCUCAAGAAAGCAUUUUCCCGCCAAAACAUUGAGAAGAAAAUGAAUAAAAUCAGCACAAAGAUUGUCUCACCUGAACGGAGAGAAAAGAUUAGGAAAUCCCUUACUGUACAUCAUCAGAAGUCCUCCUCUUCAAAGAGCUCAUCUCUCAAAGCAUCUCCCCUCACACUUAAUGAAAAGAAAGUCCCGGAAGGAGAAAGCACUGCUGAAACUGAGGACAGACCAGCAGAAACUACAAGCAAAGAGCAAGCUGAGAAUGAAGAGGAAAUGUCAUUCCCUGAUACGCAUUCAGAUGCGACACCUACCACGUCUCUAGAAGAGAGCAAAGCAAUAGUCGAUUCUUUGGAGAAAGAAGCCAGAACGGAAGGGAAAGCCAUGAUAAACAGCAACAUUGAGCUGUCAAUUGUUGAAGAUGAUGAGGAGUAUGGGAUGCCUCUAGAAGUUUCUAGCCACAAAGCGUAUGAGGAGAGAAAUGAACCCGUCAGUGGUGAGAUGGAACAAUCUGAUGAAGAAACAACCCAAGCAGCUGUUCUCCAGAUAGACCAAACAGCACAAUAAAUCUCAGCCUUCUUUUAUGUUGCAAAUACACACGGCUUAGUUAAGUGAAUAGUCGGUGUAUAUUUCUGCCACAUGUGUUAGCAGUGAUUCUGUUUCUUCCAUUGUUUUCUCUGCAAUGAUAAUUUACUGCAUCAUAUUGCAUGCAGAGUGAACAAAGUCAAUGGCAUGGGCUGCAACAUGCUCCACUCCAACUGUGUAUUUUAGGCCAAUUCACUGGUGGUGUUUAACUUAGAGGUGUUGUCAGCUGGCAUAGGAGACUGGCAUGUCUAGUAGAAGCAAGCUGGUAUACUGGCUUUCUUAGAGUUAGGUCAGAGACAUAUAUGGCAAGUAGUCACAAAGCAAAGAUUUCUGUUCUCUUUUUUUUUUUCCUAUCACCCUAUUUCAUAGCACUGUGAGUAGCUCUGUAUUUAAAUGUAGAAAUACCAAAGUGAACAGUUUAAUUUAGGUUGCCUUGCUAAGCUCUCAGUAUACUAACAGAUUCAGCAAAUACAUACGUGUGUGUUAUUUGUUCAGGGCGUUAUGCUGUAAGUUUAGAAGAAGAGUAUUUAGAGAGUGAAACUGAAAAGUUGGUCCCACUGACUUCAAUGAGGGUGAGAUUUUGCCAGUAGUCUCUUCAUAUUCACUUUGAAGAAAUGACUGUGUUUAUAUGGAACUGGAAGGAUGAUUUUUGUAAUUACCAGAGUUAUGGAGAUAUAUUACUGACAUGAAUGCAUAAUCAGCUACUGUACCUUUAAUAGAUCAGAAAUUGGCAAAAAAAAAAAAAAAAAAAAAAAGAAGGAAUUUGAUAGAAACAUGGAGACAGUUUCAAGGAAGUAUGAAGUGCUAUGAAAUGUUUAAGCAGCCUACAAUAUUAAAUCUAUACUUCCAGCUUAAAAAGUACAUACUCAGAUAACACUCAUUCAUUCAUUCUUACUCCUUGUAGCAACAUAGUAUCAAACUUUGCACCUGCACAACUUUGUAUCUCAGAGUAUUUUGAAAGCAGCAUAAUUUGUCUUUUUACAGAUUAUUUCAUAUAUGAAGCUAUAUCUACACAAAAUAGUUAUAUAGUUACAGGGAUGUAAAGUUUUUUUUAAAAAGGGUGAAAAUGCUCAUUUAGGCAUAUCUAAAGGAAAAAAUGUGCUAUGGAUUAAACUUCAUGGCAAGGAUGAGUUCACAUAAAGACGAGUCCGCAAAGCCACAAGAUUUCAUUCUCUGCUAAUGACUUUCAUCAAAACCACCUACAUGCUCUGAAAAUUGCACAUUUGUCAGUUUUCAAAAUUCAUGGAAAAUAAGAGGUUACAGAGUAAUUUGUUCCCUGUGAAUGUUCAUUCCAGUCACUUACAAAGGUAAGGAGGAGGGAAGAAAGGGAAGAACAAACAACGAUUACUUUGCAUCCUUGUUUGUUUAUGCAGUAGGGUUUUUUUUUUUGAUAUAUAUAUAUAAACAUAGACAUAUAUAAUUCUACUGAUACUUAAUAUUGUGAUAAAAUAUUUUAUCUUUCAAGUUGUAUUUAGAGUCAGAAAUUAUGGAAUAAAUAAAAGCUACAGCAAAAAUACCAUUAGGAAGUGAUUAACAGCCAUUACUCUGCAGGAGUAAUACCUAUAACCAGUAAAUCACACUGGAAAUCAGUAAGAGCUUAGUGUAAGCAAGUACUACUAAGAGUUAAGCUCUUAACUAUGUAGUAUCAUAUAAGAGAUAUUGUUUAUAAGAAAAAUGGCAUAACUCGUGCAGCUUUAUUUUUAUUUUAUAUUAACAACAAUAGAUUUUGACCAUUUUUACUUGUAACUAACUACAAAUAAUGACAAAUAAAAAUAUAACAUAAAACACAAUCCUGUCAAUCUUUGAAAGAAAUGAUUUUAGAAGUUGGCAGAGAUUAAAUUUAAAGGUCAAACAUUUAUUACUCCAGUUCAUGUCCCCAUUGUAUCUAUUACAUUUUCUUUCUCAUCCUCUGCUGUUAUUUGGAAAUCCAAACACCAGGUCUCAGACUUUGCUUUCCAGGCACUCAUCAGGUCUCUUAACACAUCUGAAGGUAAUAGGCAGUCUGCAAGACCUGCUGGCUCCAUUUGCAUUUUUUAUUGGACUGCAGCAUCUAACACUUUAAAUAGUCCUAAAAGCAUAAUUGUAUUGAAUUGUAUAUUCUGUUUAUUCACACAGAUAAACUCACAUCUUCUAGAGUGCCACAUAGUCUUUAGGAGACUUAAUUUAACUGACAGACCAAAGCAUGUAUGUUUUAACCUUUAUGUAAGAGCUGUCAACUUCCUGUAGCCAUGAAGUGCUAACCAGGGAACCCAGCAUCAUGUUUACAUUUCACUUUCAGAUAUGCCUGCUUUGUUUGUCCUCGUAAGCUUUAAUUCAAACAAUAUCCCUGGACACACUUUAUCCGGUUUUACAGAUGCUGAAAUGAAUCUUACGCUCAGUGUUUUAAGAGCAUUAGAAUGCUAUCCAGUAAAACCAUAGGCAACGCAGGCACUCAGCAUCUAUGACAAUAAUUCAAAUAACUACUUCAGGACACACUGUGUACACAGGGAUCAGUUGUAGAACUAGAAUUAAACUUUUUCUCCUGUAAAAUUACAUAUAUACAAGGAUGAGCCAGCCUGUAGUUCUAACAAACAUAAGAAAAUAUGCUUUGUAAGACAUAAAAAUGUUUACUCAAGCUUGCAAAUGCCUACUUUUGUGCUAACUUCUGGAUUGGAGUAAGAACUAAACUCAGUAAAGUCAGGUUUCUGGGCUGCCCUUCAACCUCUAUACUCCCUACCUCCACUUUUGUGUCCUAACUAAAAAUGUAAGUUGCAAUUCUUACCACCUCAGGGAGCAGAAAGACUGGCAGUGGCAGCACUAGUCUUUCAAAAUAUCUGAAGCAUGUGCCUGGAUCUUGUCAAGCUGACAGAUGUCAAGCGUAUGCAUGGGUGCUCCAUUCUUGUGGUGACAGGUUUGUCUACAUAAUUACUUUUUUUAAAACUGUAUAUUUACACUUCUUGACACUAAAACAUGACUUAAAGGGUAUAGCGUCUGUCUGUUAACUGCAUACAUAUCAUUAUUCCUCAGAAGACAGGACCUGUUAGUUAUUGCACAGAUUCAGUUUGACCUCCACUGAGAUCAACAGGAGUUUGGCACAAAGAAAGAGGGUGUGAUAAAGUCCGUAUGGUAUAAAUGUUUAAACUAGCAGCACUCAGUGGCUGCUGAUACUUCUAUUUUCAGUGCCAGAAAAACUGCUGACAUUUCUGUCCGCUUUUAGGAGAAAAGGGCAAGGAGCAUCCUGUUGACCGUUACGUGCUAAUCCAUGAGCAGACUCUUUUGUGAGAAGGCUUACAAAGAUACAGGGUUUCUGUAUCAUCUUACUGCCAAAUUAGAAAGCAGAGUGAAAGCACUAAAAUGGGCCUGACUAAAAUAUGUUUGAUAAUUAAAAAGACAGAAGAAAGGGGAAAAGAUAAGGUACUGGAGGUUAAAAUAUACCUGUAUGCCCUUUACACUGAUGCAAUGAAAGCCAUUUUUCAUUAUAGGCUGUAAUGCCAAAGAGUUACCUGACUGAGUGAUUGAUUUUAAAGAAAGCUAAGCUCAGAAGAAUUACUGAAGUAAUGACAAUUUAUUAGAGUGCCAACUACUCACCAAGGGACCUGUCCAACCCUGAAAGUCACUGAAAAGUCUUCCGCUGACUCGAAGGACAAUCUGAGCCAUAUAAGGUUUUUGAGCUGUACAUACAACUUCUGUAAUGAUCAGUAAGAGCUGUGUAUGUAGACCUAGGACAUGAGAUCUCUCUGUAUAGCGCCCUAAUCCAACCUGCUUAGCUCAUCAACAGAAUAAAAAGUUUUACUGCCGUCAGCAUUGCAGAUACAACAUUGCUGGAGAAAAGCAGGAUGCAUCAUUAGCAAAAUUUUAAGCUAAGUUCUGACUCUAGGGUCUUUAGUGUAAUUGCAUACAACAAAGCAAAUGUAGCUCAAAUUUCUAACAACAAAGCCAAGUGUGCAGUAGAAAAGUUUUGUUGUAAACUGCUAAGCCAAUCAUGCUCACUCUAGGUGUCAAGAAGAUGAUGUCAGGCAGUUGCCUUGCUCUCUUGCAUGCAAAGAAAACACUCACCACCAGAGCAGAGUAAGUAUGCAGAUGUUUGGCCCCCAUCCUGUUUAGGAUUUUGCCUAGGCAACUAAACAACUGAUCAGAAACAGCUGCCAAGGCAGCCUGGAGGGGUGCUGACUCAGCACAGAAGUAUCUUCUACUCUGAUUCACAACCAUCACAUUCCCAAACAAUGGAAAAAGUGGGUUAACCACUUUCUAGCAUUUUACACUGACUAUUGCCAGGGCUUUGAUUCAGAAUCUGCUCUAGAAUCAGUAUCAACCCCAAGCUGAGUUUGACUGUAUGCAUAAAGAAGUUUUAAUUAGCUUUUGGUGGAGGCUUAUAUUUUCUGCCUUCUUUUUGAUUGAUAUGCUAUUUUUCCCUUCUUUCUCACUCCUCCAAGUCACAUGCCUGAGUCUGAAGUACACACUAAUUCAAAUAAAGAACUCUAACCGCAUAUUGAGAACUGAUAAUCGAUGUCAUCUUUAGUGUUUCUUACAUGGAGUAAGAUGCACUCCCUUUUAAUAGGGUGCAUUGCUGUAAUUAGGAAUAAAUCUGCUUUGUUAACCAAAA